AUGGAGGGCUGGCGCUCUGUGGAUGGCUCCACGCUGCGGCGGCGGGACGAGUGCUGCUACGCGGCUGAGGAGGGCAGCUGUGAAGGGCUGAUGGUGGACGACUUGCCCAACGAGAUCGCGCUGCAUGUGCUGUCCUACCUGGGUCCGCGAGAGGUGUGCAUCGUUGGCUUCGUCAGCAGGCAUUGGCACAAAUUGGCACUCGAUUCUACGCUCUGGCGUUCCCUCUACAUGCGCGAGCUGCACAGACUCCCCAUCCACUUUAGAUUUGCGUUCGAGGCAGACCUCACUCCCACGUUUGUUGCAGGAAGCGUGGGGAGAGACUGGCGAGAGAUGUUCAAAAAGGGCUGCCUGACGAAGCGCAGCUGGAUGACGGGCAGCUACACGCCGCAGGACACGGUGACCACGUCCAGCUCCGUGUACGCGGUGAAGUUCGACGAGGAGAAGGUGGUGUGCGGCAUGCAGGACUCGCACAUCCGUGUAUACGACCGCAAGACGUCAAAGCUCACCCUCACCCUCUCGGGCCACCGCGACUGGGUGGGAGCCGUUCAGUACGACGACGAAAAGAUUGUCAGUUGCUCGGGGGACAUGCACAUAAGGGUGUGGAAUUGGGCGGGUGUGUGCACCAAGAAGCUCAAAGGCCACACGGGCUGGGUGAAGCGACUGCAGUACGACGACGAGGUGCUGGUUUCGUGCUCGGGAGACAAGUCAGUCAAGCUGUGGCGAUGGUCCGACACGAGCGAGCCGACCUCCACCCUGAUUGGCCACACCGAUGGCGUAAUGGGCCUCCAGUUUGCGGACAACACGAUCGUGUCCGGUUCGCUGGACGGCACCAUUUGCAUGUGGGACGCCGACACGGAAUCGCGCUUGUUUACUCUACACAACCUCGACAAAGAGAACCGACGCAGCGAAGUGCGAUGCCUCGUCUUCGAUAGAGAUGCCAUCGUGUCCGGCGAUAGCGACUUUAUGGUGAAGAUAUGGGACUGGAAUACCGGUCAGCCCAGGCGGACACUGAAAGGGCAUCAGGGCUACGUCAAGUAUGUGUACGUGGAUGACUACAAAAUAGUCUCGGGCGGUGGCGAUGGCACAAUUCGGGUGUGGGACUAUCGAGGCACGAGCGAUGCGCCCCUGUACACGAUACAGGCGCACACGCGAGACAUCAUCAACAUGGACGUGCACGAGAACGCCUUCGCCAGCGGAUCGCUCGACGACUCGCUCAAGAUGUGGCUCAUCGGGUAG